AUGACAUGCUUAAUAUGCGUUGAUCCAAGAGGUUCACAUUAUAAUGAGUGCAUAGACAAAAGUAUUCCUGUAGUACUUCCACAAUGGUUAGAUGAUUGUUUUCGACAUCAUUGUAAGCUAGACUACAACAUGUAUCGUUUUCCAAUACCCUCUGUCUACUACCCUAACAAGCCGUUUACAGCCACCAUUCACCCAUACCCCACGGAUAUCAAAACCCUGUCCUCUAUUCUUCCAUCACAUCAACAACUAGAAGAGACAAGACCAUUCCUGGAUGAAACUAUCUAUUUCGGCCAAGAUAUCAUGACAGACGAACGCAAGACAGCCAUAAUCCCCUUUAUAGCAGACUAUGUUAAGGCAGGAGGGGGCCGAGUGGUGUCUGAAUAUAACCAUCAUUUAGUGACCAUUGUGAUUCUUAAAUAUCGCUCUUCAGCUGAAUACAGACAGGCCAUUAAAGACAGCAAAGUGAUUGCAAGCUUUUGGUGGUUAUCCAAUACGUUGAUCAGAAAGUAUUAUUGCCCGCCUUUCGAUGUCUUGUUGGAUUAUCCUGUGCCCAAGAUGGGUAUUGCUGAAAUGAAAAAUUGUGUGAUUUGUGUGACAGGAUUUAAAGGAGCAGCAAGAGUCUUUCUUAAUACAUUGAUUGUAGCAACAGGAGCAAGAUAUUCGCCAGAACUUCAAAAGGACACUACUCACUUGAUAUGUGGAGGUGGUUCUGGUAAAAAAUACCAAUCAUCAAACGAAUAUCCUCAAGUGGUUCUUGUGAAUCAUUUAUGGCUAGAGGAAUGUUAUGCCAAAUGGAAGAAAAUAGACCAACAAUCUGACCGUCGCUACACAUUUAUUCCCAAAGAUAAUCAUUUGCUGGCAGGUACAGUAGGCAAAACACCUUUGAUUCAGCAUAUUGUGGAUUUAUGGAAAGACUAUACCUGUGAACAAGAACCUCAAGUUAUAUAUGAAGAAUAUCAUGAUGAGGACACAAAGGGGUUCGUCAAUGAAAGAAAGCCACGUCAAGCAGCACUACGAGCAUUGAGUGUAUUGAAUGAUAUUGUCAUACCAGAUGUGAAUGCAUAUGAAAAAGAGAUUCGCUUACAUCAUAAAUAA